AUGACACUCAACACCUUAUUAGUUUUCCUUCUUCCCCUCUUCAAUCUUCUUCUCUGCACAUUACCAUCGGUUACUUUUGCAGAAGUUGUUCCUCCCAUUCUUGAUGUUGCUUCACUCAAUCGAAGCAGUUUUCCGUCAGGCUUCACUUUUGGGACAGCAUCCUCAUCAUACCAGCAUGAAGGUGCGGCAAAAGAAGGUGGUAGAGGAGCAAGUAUAUGGGACACCUACACCCACAAACAUCCAGAUCACAUACUAGAUAGAAGCAGUGGAGAUGUCGCAGUUGAUGAAUAUCACCACUACAGGGAAGAUGUUGGGAUCAUGAAGUAUAUGAAUUUGGAUGCUUACAGAUUUUCAAUCUCCUGGUCAAGAAUCCUCCCAAAAGGAAAGCUCAGUGGAGGUGUCAACCAAGAAGGAAUCAAAUAUUACAACAAUCUCAUCAACGAGCUGCUAGCUAAUGGUCUACAACCAUUCGUAACACUUUUUCAUUGGGACCUGCCCCAAGCUUUGGAAGAUGAGUAUGGUGGCUUCUUAAGUCAUCACGUUAUGCAUGAUUUUCGAGACUACGCGGAGCUUUGUUUCAAGAAAUUUGGAGAUAGGGUGAAGCAUUGGAUUACUUUGAAUGAACCAUUGUCUUAUAGCAUGGGUGGCUAUGCAGUUGGGAUUCUAGCACCAGGUCGAUGUUCUAUAUGGCUGAAUCCAAAUUGUACUGGUGGUGAUGAUUCAGGUAAAGAGCCCUAUUUGGUUUCACAUCACCAACUUCUUGCUCAUGCAGAAGCUGUUCAAGUGUACAAGAAAAAGUAUCAGGCAUCUCAGAAAGGUAUCAUAGGAAUAACAUUGGUGUCUCAUUGGUUCGUGCCAUUUUCAGAUAACAAAUUUGAUCAAGACGCUGCUGGAAGAGCAAUUGACUUCAUGUUUGGAUGGUUCAUGGAACCAUUGACAACAGGAAACUAUCCACAAAGUAUGCGCUACCUAGUUGGAAGCAGAAUGCCAAAGUUAUCUAAGAAGCAAGCUAGGCUGGUUAAUGGUUCAUUUGAUUUUCUUGGACUGAAUUAUUACACCACUAAUUAUGCUGCCAACGCACCUCAUCUAAGCAAUGCUAGACCCAAUUACGUCACAGACGCUCUUACCAAUCUUACAACUGAGCGUAAUGGGAUUCCCAUAGGCCCAAGGGCUGCUUCAAGUUGGUUAUAUGUUUAUCCAAAAGGAAUUCGAGAACUGUUGCUCUAUGUCAAGAAAAAGUACAACAACCCACAAAUUUACAUAACUGAAAAUGGUAUUGAUGAGUUCAAUGAUCCAACACUAUCACUAGAGGAAGCUCUUUUGGACACUUUCAGAAUUGACUAUUAUUAUCGCCAUCUCUUUUAUCUCCAAUCAGCAAUAAGGGAUGGCGCAAACGUCAAAGGAUAUUUCGCAUGGUCAUUGCUGGACAAUUUUGAAUGGUUUUCAGGUUACACAGUGCGGUUUGGAAUAAAUUUCGUGGAUUACAAAAAUGGUAUGAAGAGGUACCAAAAGCUAUCAGCAAAAUGGUUCAGGAAUUUUCUCAAAAGAUAUUAAAGUGUAUGUACCUAGUGGUUCUAUAAAUGAUGUAAUGAAACAGAUCAAUCAAGUUAAACUUUAAAUAAUUAUAUGAUCUUUCAUUCAA